GAAUUGAAAUUUUACAAAGGGCGGGGAUGCAAUUUGUUGUGCUGGUCUCAUCUCUAGUUGUCAGUAAUCGAUUACACACUAGCCAAUUUCACCAGCUCUAGAAGUAGCGAAUUAAAGAAUCGAUUGCAACAACUCUUUUCGUAAACAAAUGAAAAUAUUCGUGUGAGGUAUUUAACCAGUUACUCGAACAGCAGGUAGAUGAUGAACAGCAACAACCCGGCUGUUGCCUCACGGUUCGCAGUGAUGUGUCGUGCUUGCAUGCGCUGCGAUUCGCCUACAGAGCCCUUACAAUUGCACUCCAUCCACGCCUACGUAAGAGUAAACAAUGUAACGGACACAUAUACUGUAGUGCAGUUAAUUGAGAGCUUGGCGCCCACACUGCAAGUCAAGUCGGAUGAUGGGCUACCACAGCGAAUUUGCCCCGAUUGCCUGACCAGGCUGCUGGACCUGCGACAGUUCCGACAAAUGUGUCUUAAAUCCGACAGACGAAUGCGUACGCUUGAAAGCGAGACUGUGAUGAUGCCCACGAAUCUUAUCGAGGCUAUCGCUCAGAAGACUGAAGAUGUGCUUCAAACGGAACUGGUGGAAGAUCUUGGUGCAUUAAUAGAAUACGACGACGAAUUGCGUGUUAAAGCAGAGUAUGGGACUAUCAUCAAUACUGUGGCAAGAGAAGAGCCCGACACUGAUGUGGAUGUAGAAGGAACCGAAAUGUUGGAGUUCAGUGCCAAUGAUUUGUUUGUUUACGAACCAAAGAACGAAGAGCAGUGUUUUGAUCACAGUUAUAUAGAAGUGGAGGCACAGGUGACUCUUUACAAAGAUUACAGCGAUAUUGAGAAUUCCGACGAAUUGGAAGUUUACGAACUAAAUACGGCCGAAUGCAAUCAAAAAAAACAGACGCCAAAUAGGAUUCCAAACAAGAAGUUCAUUGACAUAACUCGCCAAUACCAGUUGCAUGACGAAAGUCGUCCCUUUCAGUGUUCCCAAUGCAACUACCGGUUCGCCUCUUUGGUUAGUUUGAAAAGGCACGAGACGAAAUGUCUUUGCGGCCACUUUAUAAGUAAUUCCCGUGAAAAGUGUGACCUGCUGUUGCCAAACGCGGAGGCGUUGUUUACUCAUAAGCCGGUCUAUCAUAGUAAACAGGACCUUGAAUGCAACCCUAUCAAGUUUAGCUGUGAUGAUUGCGAAAAGACAUUCGAAAACCCUGCUUUACUAACCUCACAUCGUCGCUUCCAUGGAACAAAGAAACUAAUAAUGCCGGCGGUGGCCACGUCGGAUAAAACUCAACUAUAUGAGUGUCAGUUUUGCAAACAAACAUAUCUUACUCUGUCCUCACUGAAGGAUCACAUACGCACACAUAUGCGCGAGCAGUCAAUUCUCUGUCCUGAGUGCGGAAAGGCGUUCAGCACUACCAGCAAUAUGAAACAGCAUUUAAAACGACACUCGGGUGUCAUGCGCUAUGAGUGUCCAAAAUGUCCGCGUCGCUUUCCCUGCCGCAGCGAUUUGUGUUCGCACAAAUCACAGGUCCACGAUGAGCCCAGAUACGAAUGCAAUUUAUGUAAUGGCCGUUUUACCAAACCCUAUCAACUAAAGAAACACAUGAUGUAUCACACGGGGGAACGCCCGCACAAGUGUGACUUCUGCGAAAAGCGCUUUGUUUGUUUAAAUCACAUGCAUCGCCAUCGGCGGACUCACACCGGCGAAAAGCCAUAUAAGUGCAAAUAUUGCGAGCGCGCCUUUGCCCAAAGUAAUGACCUGAUCAAACAUUUGCGUUUCCAUGUGGGCGAAAAUGUCUAUAACUGCGAGCUAUGCCCGCGCUCGUUUCGCUUGGCCAGCGAGUUGCGCCUUCACUUUGCCGGCCAUAAGAAUGAAUGAGACUAUGAAGCGGGUUAGUUUGAAAAGCGUGUUCCUAUUAAAUUAAAGCAAUCAAAGAAGAAGAUGGCUGAAUGUGACCAACAAAGAUACAUAUGUAUGUAUGUAUGUACAUAUAUAUUUAUGUUUAUACAUAAACAUAACAUAAACAUAAACAAAUCAAAUU